CUCUGUGUCUCUGUAGCCGAAGCUGGUCUGUUAUUCACGGGCUUUUUCAUGGUAACUGUCCUGUCUGACGUCUGACCAGCAACGAGGAGCCGAGCAGUGUGUGAGGAUGGAGCCUGAAGAGAAAAACCAGGACCCUAAAUACGGGGAGUCAAGGAAGUUUGACCCAAACUUCAAAGGGCCGCUUCACAACAGGGGCUGCACAGAUAUCCUCUGCUGUAUUCUCUUCAUCUUGGCCUUGUUUGGGUACUUUGCCGUCGGUAUCGUCGCCUGGUCUCAGGGUGACCCCAGGAAAGUGAUCUAUCCCACGGACAGCAGGGGGCAGUUCUGCGGACAAGCUGGAACGCCUCUGGAGAAGAAGCCUCUUCUGUUCUACUUCAACAUCCUGAAAUGUGCCAGCCCUCUGGUGCUGCUGGAGUUCCAGUGUCCCACCACACAGUUAUGUGUGGAAAGCUGUCCUGACAGACAUAUGACGUUGGUGAAAGCCAAGUUAGGCAGCAACGAAGACCGUGAAUACUUCAAACAGUACUGUAAGGAUGGAGUGAACUUUGCCAAACUGAGUCCUCCUGAGAUCCUGAAGGAUGGCUUAUGUCCGGCUAUGCUGAUGCCCAGUAAAGCCUUCACGCGUCGCUGCCUUCCUGCCUUGGGAACGAUGAAAGGUGGGGUGGUGGUGGUCGGCAAUGAGACCACUAUCGAUGCUGGACAGGGCGUCAAUAUCAACGCCACAGAGGUGCUGGAGGCAUCCAAGAAGUCAAAUGUGGUUGUUGAAGCUCGCCAGGUGGCCAUGAGAAUCUUUGAGGACUACACUCAGUCUUGGCACUGGAUUGUACUCGGUCUGGUGAUCGCCAUGGUCGUGAGCUUGAUUUUCAUCGUCCUGCUGCGAUUCUUGGCUGGCAUCAUGGUCUGGGUCAUGAUUGUAUUGGUCAUUUUAGUCAUCGGAUAUGGGAUCUUCCACUGUUAUAUGGAGUUUGCGAGUCUGAAGGGAGAGCCGGGUUCUGACGUGACCAUCCGUGACCUGGGCCUGCAGACGGACUUCUCCGUCUACCUGCAGAUCAGACAGACCUGGCUGGCCUUCAUGAUCAUCCUGGCUAUUGUGGAGGUCAUCAUCAUCCUGCUGCUCAUCUUCCUCAGGAAGAGGAUCAUGAUUGCCAUCGCCCUCAUCAAAGAGGCCAGCAGAGCCGUUGGUCAUGUGAUGUCAUCGCUCCUUUACCCUCUGCUGACCUUUGCCCUCCUGGCCGUGGUGAUCGCUUACUGGGCCAUCACUGCUGUUUUCUUGUCCACCUCUAACGAGCAGGUGUACAAAGUGUUCAACAACUCUGAGUGUGAGUACUCACGGGACACCUGCGACCCCAAGACAUUCAACACUUCCAACAUUUCCGCUCAGUGUCCUGAUGCAGAGUGCCUGUUUGCCUUCUAUGGCGGGGAGACCCUUUACCACAAAUACCUCAUCCUGUUCCAGUUCUACAACGUCUUUCUCUUCUUCUGGUGCGCCAACUUUGUGACGGCCCUGGGCCAGGUCACUCUGUCGGGGGCCUUCGCCUCGUAUUACUGGGCCUUCAAGAAGCCUGAUGAUAUUCCCGCCUUCCCCAUCUUCUCCUCACUCGGUCGGGCCCUUCGAUACCACACAGGCUCCCUGGCUUUUGGCUCUCUGAUCCUGUCAUUGGUCCAGGUCAUCAGGGUCCUUCUGGAGUACCUGGAUCACAAGCUGAAAGGUGCUCAGAACAAGUUUGCUAAGUUCCUGCUAAGCUGCAUGAAGUGCUGCUUCUGGUGUCUGGAGAAAUGCAUCAAGUUUCUUAACAGGAAUGCCUACAUCAUGAUUGCCAUCUACGGAAAAAGUUUCUGUCCCUCAGCUCGAGACGCCUUUUUCCUUCUGAUGAGGAACAUUGUCAGGGUGGCUGUUUUAGAUAAAGUGACUGACUUCCUGCUGUUUCUUGGGAAGCUCCUCAUUGUUGGAAUCGUUGGCAUCUUCUCUUUCUUUUUCUUCUCUGGAAGAGUCAAAGCGAUAGAGGACGCUGCUCCAUCUCUGAACUACUACUGGGUGCCAAUAAUGACGUUGGUAGUGGGAUCCUACCUCAUCGCCCAUGGCUUCUUCAGCGUGUACGCCAUGUGUGUGGACACACUGUUCCUCUGCUUCUGUGAGGACUUGGAGAGAAAUGACGGCUCGUCUGAAAGACCUUACUUCAUGUCCCCCGAGCUGCACGAGAUCCUCUCCAAAACCAAGAAGCUGGAGGAAGACCACAAUGGUGUAGAGGAGGGGGAUUCUGCAAAGCCAGCAGACGAGGUGAAGCUGGAGGAGGAGACCCCUCUUCAGGAGCAACAAGAUGGAGAGAUCCAACUGAAACAGCAGACGGUGCUCAAGCAGGACAACGAGGAGGAGCAGCCUCUGCAGGCCAAGACGGAUGCUGAAGAGCCAAAAGAGGAGAAAAAUGAAGAACAAAAAGUCAGUAAGGAUGAGGAGGCUGAGCAGAAAGAAGAAGCAGAGGUGAAAGAAAAGGCGGAAAAGCAGGAGUUGAAACAGGAGGAAAAAAACGAAGAGGCGUCUCCUCCUGUUGCAGAGGCGGAGAAAGAGGAGACUGGCGAAAAGAAAGAGGAGAAAGAGGAAUCUCUGGAAGAAAAUCCUCCGCCUACAUCACAAGAGUAGAAGUUAACAGCAAUGCAAGGGCAAGAAAUGAGGCUUGGUAAACCUCACAGGAAUUAAAGAACCGUAUCUACAACUUUGUGGUACGGGCCUGUUAGAUGUACGACAUACAGCAAGCUAAAAUUUCAGAUGUCCCUGCUUUGUGAGAGGUGCGAUGUCAACAUGGAGAGGGUGGUGGUCCGCAUGUGAAGGUCAAAGCAGGUCAAAAAGCCCAGUGCAUCUCUGUAGCUUGAAAAAUGCUCUCUUGUGUUGGUUUGUAGAACAGUGUUGGUUUUUAUAUUGUGAAGAUCUGUAGAACAUUGUGAGUGCUGAACCUGUGCCUGAUUACUGUCACUACUAUUUGUUGUCUUAAUCCCGUUGACGAAUGCACUACAGAACCACUAAGUACCGUGUUUACAGUCAAAAACACACACAACUCAAUCGAUGGUGAAUCUCUUUUCACUGUUUACAAUAAUACCAGCUGACGCCAAAAUGUUACACAUAUUUGAUAUACUGUAUGAAUAUUGGAUCUUUUUUGUUUCUUAUGGAACUUGUAUAAUAUAUACAGCGUUGUGCGUAUGUUAUGUAUUUCUUUGGCUUCAGUCUUGUAGAGAUCCAAGAUGGGAUCCCAUGAAUUGUAUUGCCACCUACUUGCCUUGGUAUUUUCGGACUGGCGUAAGUGCUGUGAUUGUGUUGCCAUGACGCAGCCAUCGUGACCUCUCUGCAGACCCCCCCUCCCCUCCCCACCUGCCUUGCU